AUGAGCAAAGAAUCAUUAGAAAAAGCUAUUAAAGUAAAUUGUACUACUACGUUAUUCUUUGCUCGUAUGGGAAGUAUUAAAAAAGAAGAAUUGAAACAGUACUGCGAACAAUUCGGUCCUGUGAAAGAUAUUUCAAUGAUGGUUGACACAGAAACACAAAGACCAAAAGGAUGUGGAUUUGUAAAGUUCAUGACCCAUGAGGAUGCUAAACUAUGUGUUGAAGAGGCACCUAAAAGAAACAAAAAUGAUCCACAUAAAAGAAAUUGGGUAAUUGAAUGGGCUAAGUCAUCUCAAAUCAAAGAAGGGGAUCUUGACAAAAUGACAAUUUACAUUUCAAAUCUCAACCAACAAAAUGAUAGUGAAGAUAUGAUCAGACAAAAAAUUUGGUGUUUAUGGAAAUAUUGA